UUGGCCCUAAAAGAUUAAGGACCACCAUGACUGAGAGCGUCUUUGGAUGGCUGCUGGAUUUUCUCUCAACUCUGCUCUAUCAAGUGUUCAAGUGACAAAUACCUCUUCUGUGCCAUAGCACAUGGAUUUCAGGACUGCAUGUGAAGAGACAAAAACAGGAAUUUGUUUGCUGCAGGAUGGUAACCAGGAACCUUUCAAAGUGCGGCUGCACUUAGCUAAAGAUAUUUUGACAAUCCAAGAACAAGACGUCAUCUGUGUGUCUGGUGAACCUUUCUAUUCCGGUGAAAGAACUGUAACAAUCAGAAGACAAACUGUAGGAGGAUUUGGAUUAAGUAUAAAGGGAGGAGCAGAGCAUAACAUUCCAGUGGUGGUCUCCAAAAUUUCCAAAGAGCAAAGAGCGGAACUCUCAGGCUUGCUAUUCAUAGGAGAUGCAAUUCUGCAGAUCAAUGGCAUUAAUGUAAGAAAAUGCAGGCACGAAGAAGUGGUCCAAGUUCUUCGAAAUGCUGGAGAAGAGGUGAACUUAACUGUGUCCUUUCUCAAAAGAGCUCCUGCUUUUCUAAAAUUGCCCCUCAAUGAGGAUUGUGCAUGUAUUCCUAGUGAUCAGAGUAGUGGCACAUCAUCACCUUUGUGCGACAGCGGAUUACAUCUUAACUACCAUCCCAACAAUACGGACACACUUUCCUGUUCAUCAUGGCCUACAUCUCCUGGGCUUAGAUGGGAGAAAAGGUGGUGUGAUCUCCGAUUAAUACCCCUUCUUCACUCUCGAUUCUCCCAGUAUCUCCCAGGUUCAGAUAUGUGCAGGCAAAAUGCAUUCCAAGUAAUAGCAGUGGAUGGUGUUUGCAGUGGCAUAAUUCAGUGUCUUUCUGCUGAAGAUUGCAUUGACUGGCUACAAGCAAUAGCAACGAAUAUUUCCAACCUCACAAAGCACAAUAUUAAAAAAAUCAACAGGAAUUUUCCCGUAAACCAGCAGAUAGUGUACAUGGGCUGGACAGAAGAACGGGAACAAGAUUCUCUUCAAGACCGAAUGUAUACACCAAAAUUUCUAGCGCUGAGGGGUUCUUCACUUUAUAAAUUUAUAGCACCUCCAGUUACUACGUGGGACUGGACACGAGCUGAAAGAACUUUUUCUGUAUAUGAGAUUAUGUACAAAAUAUUCAAGGACAGUGAUCUACUGGACCGGCGGAAACAUUGCUUUGGUGUCCAAUCUGAAAACGGAGAGGAUCUCUACUUUUCUGUGGAAUUAGAAUGUGAACUCACAUUAUGGGAAAAGGCCUUCCAAUCAGCAACUUUUUUAGAAGUUGAACGAAUACAGUGCAAAACAUAUGCCUGUGUGCUGGAGAGUCAUCUUAUGGGGCUUACUAUUGACUUUGGAAUGGGCUUUGUAUGCUUUGAUGCUGCAACAAAGGUUGUACUAUGGAGAUACAAGUUUUCCCAGCUUAAAGGUUCUUCAGACGAUGGCAAGAGUAAAAUCAAAUUUUUGUUUCAAAAUCCAGAUACUAAGCAAAUUGAAGCAAAGGAAUUGGAAUUCUCCAAUCUGUUUGCAGUCCUGCAUUGUAUUCAUUCAUUCUUUGCUGCCAAAGUAGCAUGUUUGGACCCACUUUAUGUCGGCAGUCAAGCCACAGCAUCUGCGGCUACAGCUGCUGUUGCUACAUCUUCUGGCGCUAACAAACUGAAGUAUACAACUUGAUAUCACCCAUUUCUGCACUUGCCACUUUCCAAGAAUAUAUAACAUUAUGUAUAAAUAUUCAUUGGCCUAGUCCUUUGAAGAACAGCAAGAGUGAGAUCUAUUUCAACUGAGUGGCAGUAUUCAGCAGUAUGUGGGUCGCAUGGGGUCAUUAACUAAAUCCUAAUUUUGCAAGGCACUGGAACACAGUCCAAGAGGAAAUACCUGAAGUGGACAAAGAUGUUUUAAGUACAGUCUGAUUGUGCUUGAAUGACAUUGGAAACAGAAGGAACAAAAAACAAAUGAUCCAACAAUGCACUUAAGUAUUUAGUACAAAUUUCAAGUCUCUAUAGUAGUACACAAGGAACUGUCAUUUUCUUGUUUACCAGUGUUUUAUAUGAUAACACAAUGAGCUCUGGAUCGAAACAAAUGUCCUCUUGUUAGGCUAUAGGUGACAUCAUUGCAAGCAAAGGCUCAACAAAGAAGUGAAAAGAUGCUGCUAUAUUUACUUAGCAAAGAAAGCACCUUAAAUGCUGUUGCAAAUUCCUAUCUGUGUCCUUUUCACAUCAUUCCUUAUUUUGCUUUCCCCCAUAAUUGUAAUAAUAAUUAUAAAAAUAUAGCCAUAAAUUAGUACAACAGUUUUUCUAAGGACAUAUAAGCAUAAUUAAGCCAUCAGCUCAAAUACUAUAAUACUUAAGCCACUGUAAUGUUUUAGCCUGGUUCUCACAAACAUUUGUUCAACUUUAGAGGACUGAAUUAAUUUCAUAUGGCAGUUGCAGCUCACAAGGUGUCAUGCAAAAAUUGCCUUGCAUUUAGAAAAUGAGAUGUUGUGGAGAAUAGUUAUAGCAUGACUUUCUCCUUGACAUGUUAGUUUUCUGUGUGUGUAGAUCUGUGUGUAUGUGACAAAUUUCUAACAUCAGAGUUCCAACCUGCAAACUAAAGUGGUAAAGUAUGGCCACAGGUACACAAUUAUAUCUGCUAUUUGUGAGUUUGGAAUUGUCCCAUUAAGAUAGUGCAACUAUACAGAAUUAGCGACUUGAGGAUCAUGGCCUUAUAUCAGAAAAAAAUGUAUUUCUAGAUAUUUGUGGGGGGUGUUUUUGAAAUCUGUUUCAGUCAGUGUGAUUUCAUUUAUGGAUAAAUUACAAGCCAAUGUGAAACCUGUUUAAUUAUUUCUUGUUGGUCAUUUUUAUACAGAAGUGUCUUAAUCUACCAGGCUGUUAUCAAUUCCCAAGUAUUUUAUUUUGUUACAGACACAAUAAAAGUCGCACAAGGCUUCAGUUUUAAA